AUGGCAACAGUCGAGAAAGAAGUGCCGCUGAAGGCGGUCCAACUCGAGGCUCUGGUGGUUAUGAAGGUCAUCAAACACUGCUCGAGCCGUUUCCCUACCACCGCCACUGGCAGUCUCGUUGGCAUGGAAGUCAACGGUACGCUUGAGGUCACAAACUGUUUCAAUUUCCCCGUCGUCGAUCUCCCAGCCGAUGCCCCGUAUGAGCAACAGCAACACUUCAACAGCGCUGCUGCGGCUCCUCGUGCCAAAUCCAACACUGCGUACCAAGCCGAGAUGAUCAGACACUUGCGCGAAGUCAAUAUUGAUGCCAACAAUGUCGGAUGGUAUACCAGUGCUAACCUGGGAAACUUUGUCAACAUGAACUUCAUUGAGAAUCAACUGCACUAUCAGAAAGACUUGAAUGAGACGACUGUUGCUCUCGUCCACGAUGUCAGCCGAAGUGCCCAGGGAGUCCUCAGUCUUCGUGCAUUCAGACUCACACCACAAUUCAUUGCUGCACAGAAGGAGAAUAAAUUCACCACAGAAAAUCUUCAAAAGUCUGGUUUCAAAUACACUGACAUUCUGGUUGAAUUGCCCGUCCACAUCCACAAUUCUCUUCUCGUCAACACCUUCCUUCACCAGAUCCCUUCAUUACUCGCCAGCGGUGUCCUCAAGCCACCUACCUCAGUCGCAGAUAUUGAGAACAACCCAGUUUUCAAAGAAGAUAGCCUGGCCCCAACUUUCGAAAACUUGUCCAUCAGCAUCGACCCCUUCCUGUCACAGACUGCCGAUAAUCUGCUGGAAAGCAUUGAGACUCACCACGUUGAAGCCAACAAUUUCUCCUACUACUCUCGCGCCCUUGCCCGUGAACAGGCUAAGAUCCAACAAUGGCAAACCAAGCGAAAGGCUGAGAACGCUGCACGUGCCCUAUCCAAGCAACCCGCACUACCUGAAGACGAAUGGCAGAGACUGUUCAAGCUACCUACUGAGCCUAACCGCCUCGAGAGCAUGCUGAACUCACGCCAGGUCGAGCAGUACGCCCGCCAAGUUGAUGGCUUUGUGUCAGGAACCACGGGUAAGAUGUUUGCCGUCAGAGGCAACCUUCUUCCCAAUGAAAGUAACUCUGAAUGA